AUGGCGCAGGUCGACGAGAAACCAGCGUUACAAAAUUCCUACCGUAGUAUGGUGGAUACCGAAAAGGCUACUACAUUUCACGGCUCACCAGAGGAGUCGCAACUGGAUUUCCUUGAUGACCCAGAUGAAGGCUUGAGUGAGGAGGAAAGGGCGAAGAUCGAUCGUGCAUUACUGUGGAAACUUGAUUUGCGGCUCAUCCCGUGGUUGAGUUUGCUGUACCUGAUUUCUUUCUUGGAUAGAACAAAUGUUGGCAAUGCCAAGCUCGCUGGUCUCCAAGGCGAUUUGCAUAUGACUAAUUCGCAGUACAACGACUCUUUGACCAUUUUCUUCGUGUCAUACGCAAUCUUCGAACCUAUCACCAAUGUUCUCCUCAAGCGCUGGCGACCUAGCGUGUUUAUUCCGAUUAUAAUGGUAGGUAUAUGCAUGACUUGUAUGGGGCUCGUACACAACUUCUCUGGGAUUAUGGCGGUGCGAUGGUUCCUUGGCCUGGCGGAAGCCGGUCUCUUUCCUGGCGUUGGAUACUUCUUAUCCUGCUGGUACAAACGAUCCGAAUUCGGCGUGCGCAUGGCCAUUUUCUUCUCCGCCGCUGCCCUCGCGGGGUCAUUUGGAGGGUUGCUCGCGGCUGCGAUCGCCCUGAUGGAUGGCAUCGGAGGGAAGGCGGGCUGGUCUUGGAUCUUCAUUCUCGAGGGUCUGCUGACGAUCGUCAUCGGCGUGCUGUCCGUAUGGAUGGUCUACGACUUUCCGGACCAGGCCAAAUUCUUAUCCGAAGCGGAUCGCAAGCGUGUACUGCGUCGUCUGGCGGCUGACAAGCAAGCCAGUGCCGGGUACGAGAAGUUUGAGAUGACUUAUUUCUGGAGCAGUCUGAAGGACUGGAAGACGUAUCUCAAUGCGAUCAUCUACAUGGGUUCAUGCAUGCCGCUAUAUGCAUUCUCCCUAUUUACCCCAACUAUCAUCAAUGAGCUAGGUUUGUUCGGCUAUACCGCGAUUCAGGCGCAGCUACUCAGUGUCCCGCCUUAUGCCGCGGCAGCUAUCGUCACCGUGGCAAUCGGUUUUAUCGCAGAUCGGACCGGCCAACGUGGCAUCUGCAACAUUGCGGUGUCACUCCUCGGUAUUGCCGGGUUCUCCUUGCUUCUGGGGGCCAAUUCCGCAGGUGCGCGAUAUGCAGGGGUAUUCCUGGGCGCCAUGGGCAUCUACCCCGCGAUUUCGAACACGAUUUCCUGGGCCAGUAACAACGCAGAGGGUGUGUACAAGCGCGGUGUCACGCUAGGUAUUGUCAUUGGCUGGGGCAACCUGAACGGCGUGGUGUCAUCCAACAUCUACCGCGGCGGAGACGCGCCUCAGUACUAUCCGGGUCACGGGGCGGUGCUGGCAUAUUUGGUGCUGUUCCUGUUUGGUGGAUCACUCGUGCAGUAUGUUCUUCUCCGUCGGGAGAACGCCAAACGUCGUCGGGGAGACCGAGACCACUGGAUAGCAGGACUGGAGAGACAGGAGAUCGAGAAGCUUGGAGACAAGCGGCCAGACUUUAUAUACACGCUGUAG